CUGCUCAAGAGCGUUGCGGCAGCGCAAUCGCCUUCUUUUGUGGCGCAUGGGGUCGCCUAUCAUCCGAGGUCAUGGCCGUGGUCCUGUCCUCGGCUGCCUCGGACCACUGCGCCAUCCUUGCUCCCGGGGGCGGCACAGAUGAUGAAGGCCACCUGCCCUGGCGCGCGGGCUGCGGCACCUCCGGGAUCAGCGCCCGGCUGGGUACAGCCUGCGGUGACGGCGCCGACGAGGCCGAGGGCCUCGCGGCCGGCGCCGGGCUGCCACCCUCCGUGCCCGAGCCGGCCCCGGGCGGCGGUGCGGCCGAGAGGC